AUGGCGUGUAUAGGGUCGGGUCGGCUCUGUGCUCGCAUGGAGAAGUUGUGCCAGUUUGGACAUUUCGGCCAAUUUCGUAGGAAAGUUUCGACGUCGAGUGUUAAAUUACGCCGGGAUGUCCAGCAACCGUCAGCGGUCUUCGUGCAGCGAUGUCAGAAUACCGGCAGAACGCGGGACUGCAGGUUUGCCAACGUACGCACCAUGAGCUCCAUGCAAACGCAGCAGCCGGGCUCCCUCCCCGACUGUCAGGUGGAUCCCUAUCGGCUCCUCGAUGACGAUCUCAAGGAGAUUUACGACGACAUCCGAGAGGAGCUGGCGGCGAAGACCACGCAGGACGAGCUGAAGACCAUAGCGACGUACUACUUCGGCGGCCAGGGAAAGGCGCUCCGCCCAAUGGUCGCGAUCCUCAUGGCGAGAGCUAUUAAUUAUCACAAGGAAAGAAACUGUCUCCUGGUCAAGCAACGGCAGGUUGCGAUGAUCGUCGAGAUGAUUCACAGCGCCUCUCUGAUCCACGACGACGUGAUCGAUCAGUCGAACUUCCGACGCGGGAAGCCCUCCGUGAACGCGCUCUGGAGCCAGAAAAAGGUGGCGAUGGCGGGUGACUAUAUUCUCGCGGUGGCGUCCAUGAUGAUCGCCCGACUUAGAAACGACGAAGUCACCAUAGCCCUGAGUCAGGUGGUGACCGACCUGGUCCAGGGCGAGUUCAUGCAGCUAGGCUCCAAGGAAACGGAGAACGAAAGAUUCGCUCACUACCUCACGAAGACCUACCGAAAGACGGCCAGCCUGAUUGCGAAUUCGGCGAAAGCGGUUACGAUAUUGGCGGGUGCGGACGAUCACCUGACGGAAGUCGCGUUCCAAUAUGGAAGGAACGUGGGGCUGGCUUUUCAGCUGGUGGACGACCUCCUCGACUUUGUCUCCUCGUCGGCAACCAUGGGGAAGCCAACCGCGGCCGACCUGAAACUGGGCCUUGCAACCGCUCCGGUGCUCUUCGCCUGCGAACGGUAUCCGGAAUUAAAUCCCAUGAUAAUGCGACGCUUCCAAGAACCCGGCGAUGUCGAGAAGGCCUUCGAGCUGGUGCAUAAAUCCCAGGGUCUGGACCAGACCCGAUUCUUAGCUAAAAAGCACUGCAUCGAAGCCGCCCGCUUGGCGCAAUCUCUGGCCGAGAGUCCUUAUCAGAAGGCCCUCCUGGUCGUCAGCGACCUGGUCCUCAAUCGCAUGAAAUAACCCUGGAAGGAAUCCUAUGGGUCGAAAGAGCUUCGAGCGAAUUUAAUUACCGGGAAUAACCAAAAAAAUUAGUGGAAAUAAGGGGACUAAGAUGGUUUGGGUAUUCGGGGAAUCUUUCGAUAACGAACGAGAGCAUGGGCGCAACGGUCCGUAGACCUUGUCGAUGCUUGGGCACCGAUGACGAGGAUCUAUUGCACGGUAGAUCAGGGAAUAUGGAGAACUCCUGGGGCAGGUCUCGAGGUACGUAAUGCGGCUCUUACGGGAAGACGUCGAAAAGAACGGCGAAGGGUCGCAGCGCUCCACGUGGAUGACAGUCACCGAAGUAGACAAAAUUACGAGGAACCAGGAGGAACUCUUUACUCUUCGUCUAAUUAAGGAAAUAUGAGCAGAAUCCUACCGUAACGCGCGUUCAAUGCGGAACCUUCUCAACGAUCGGUUUGACGAGUUACCUAAGAGUCGGGUGAAAAUCGAGGCGAAAACGAGAUUGCACCUCGCGUUGUCGGUCUCGAGAACCGGUUGUUGUAAACUAGGUCGUACAUAUAAAGAAGAGUAAACUCGUCAAAUUAUUCGAAAUCAAAAAUUCAAGAAGUGUCGUGGAAUUCGUGGUGGGGCCCCGAGUCAGGGUUUUGGGAAAUCGUGUACUACCGUAAUGUCAAACAAAAUCAGAAUUGUCGUUCGUUUUAAAUUAUUGAAAACGAUUUUCAGAAAUCCUAGGCAUCUAGACCGUUUCUUGUGGUCUCCUCGUUUCUUGACAAAUAUUUCCGCCACCCAACGGGUCUCGUGUGAUUGGAUUUUCAGAAUUUCGUUUCCUUGCGAUUUAUGUCCCAUGGCAUGUAACCCUUACGAAUGCCCAACGGUCGUUAUACGACUUAACGUGUACAAGCACCGUGAAGGAGUAAAUAGGAAUAAUUGAAGGGACUCGAGCGAUCUAUAUAAAUUUUAUUUCUAUUGUAUCCUUUUUUUUUUAAUCAAUGGCUUCUUUAAUCUCAGGUUUAAAAUCAUUAAAUCAUGUGUGACUAUAAAAUUAUAUGUGAGCACAUCCAGAAGAUGCUAAGAAAACGAAUAGAUCGGAUUCAAAAGCGUGACUCGACUAACUCCCUUCACUUCUUUCUACGGCCCCCUUUAAUUUGUAUGUGUUUUAUCCAGGAAAAGUAGAGAAAAAAGGAAACGAGCGAACUGGAAGACCACCGGUUACUCGCUCGGUAAUCACGUAUUACCUGAACUUUAAUAAUAUUAUCCUUAGCUAAACAUCCAUUGUAAAUAAAAUAAUUAAUAGGCAUAGGAUGAGAGAGCAUUAGCGUUGAUUUUUAUUUUUUACGGGAAAUCCACUUUGCCGAGAAGAUGGAUUUCGAAGACGCGAGCCGAGAAAUCGUCGGGGAGUAUAAAGAUCGUGUAAUUGUAAUAUUUUUCAUUGUUAUAAGUCUGUCCGCGAUAGACACUGAGAUAAUAUGAGAACUGCCUGAAAAAAUCAGUAUUUGUUCUAGAUCUACUGUAAAUUCACUAGUAGAUACGUUUUAGAGCAUCUGAUGUUUCGUCACACAGACCCUACCGUGUGCUUCUCUAGAUCGAAAUUUAUUCCAUCCGAAUAAAAUGAAAUGUUAGGGGAAAGACACUAUCCAAGUCGAGCUUGGCAGACAAAUUGUAACUAUAUCAUGAUAUUUCUACAUCAUUGAUGUUUCAAAUAUAUUGGCCAUUGGUUUCUUGAGAAAUUAUCGCACAGUCUACCGCUUUGUUGAGAACAGACAACUGCUCAAAUUGUUCAUNAUUUA